AUGGUUGCCCAAUUAUUAGAUGGUAAAUCCAUUGCAUUAGAUAUUAGAACAAAAAUCCAUGAUGAUAUUGCACAAUUUCAAUUAAAACAUCAAGAUUUUAAACCAAAUUUAGUUAUUAUUCAAGUAGGGGAUAGACAAGAUUCUUCAACUUAUGUUAAGAUGAAAUUAAAAGCUGCAGAAGAAGCUAAUAUUGAAUGUAAAAUUAUUAAACUAGCAGAAGAUAUAUCAGAAUUUGAAUUAAUUAAUGAAGUUAAUAAAUUAAAUAAUGAUUUAGAUGUUGAUGGGAUAUUAGUACAAUUACCAUUACCUUCUCAUAUUGAUGAAGUUAAGAUUACAAAUGCUGUUUCAGCAGAUAAGGAUGUUGAUGGAUUUGGACCUUUUAAUGUUGGAGAAUUAGCUAAAAAGGGAGGAGAACCAUUAUUUUUACCAUGUACACCAAAGGGAAUAAUGCAUUUAUUAAAAGUUUCAAAUGUUGAAAUUGAUGGUAGAAAUGCAGUUGUUUUGGGUAGAUCAGAUAUCGUUGGUAAACCAAUUGCAAAUUUAUUAACUAAAGCUAAUGCUAACGUUACUAUUGUACAUUCAAAAACUCCAUUAGAACAAUUGAAAAAAUAUUUGGGAGAUGCUGAUAUUGUUGUUGCAGCAAUUGGUCAACCACAAUUUGUUCAAGGUGAAUGGUUAAAACCAGAAGCUGUUGUUAUUGAUGUGGGUACAAAUUUUAUUCCAGAUUCCACUAAAAAAUCAGGUUCAAGAAUGGUUGGAGAUGUUGAUUUUGAGUCAGCUAAAGAGAAAGUUUCAUUAAUUACUCCAGUUCCAGGUGGAGUUGGUCCAAUGACAGUUGCAUGUUUAUUAGAUAAUGUUAUAAUUGCUGCUAAAAAUCAUUAUUCAAAAAACAAUGCAACUCCAAAAUUUACAAAUCCUUUAAAGUUAAAUUUACAAAAGCCAGUACCUUCAGACUUUGAAAUUUCAAGAGCUCAACAACCUAAAAAAAUAACACAAGUUGCUGAAGAAGCAGGUAUAUUAGAUUCAGAAUUAGAACCAUUUGGUUUUUACAAAGCAAAAGUUUCAUUAGAUAUUUUAAAAAGAUUACAAAAUAAAAACAAUGGUAAAUAUGUUUUAGUUACUGGUAUAACUCCAACUCCAUUGGGUGAAGGUAAAUCAACCACAACUGUUGGGUUAGCUCAAGCUUUAGGAGCUCAUUUAAAUAAAAAUGUAUUUGCCAACGUAAGACAACCAUCAAUGGGUCCAACUUUUGGUAUCAAAGGUGGUGCUGCAGGUGGCGGUUAUUCACAAGUCAUUCCAAUGGAUGAAUUUAAUAUGCAUGUUACUGGUGAUAUACAUGCUAUUACAAUGGCAAAUAACUUAUUAGCUGCUGCUAUAGAUACAAGAAUGUUUCAUGAAUCUACUCAAAAAGAUGGUCCAUUAUAUAAAAGAUUAGUACCAGAAAAAAAGGGUAAAAGAACAUUUACAAGAUCAAUGUUGAAAAGAUUAGAAAAAUUAGGUAUAAAUAAAACUGAACCAAAUGAUUUAACACCUGAAGAAAUUACAUCUUUUGCAAGAUUAGAUAUUGACCCAGAAUCAAUAACUUGGAGAAGAGUAGUUGAUUGUAAUGAUAGAUUUUUAAGAGGUAUAACAGUAGGUCAAGCACCAACUGAAAAAGGGUUUACAAGAGCUACUGGAUUUGAUAUAACUGUUGCUUCUGAAUGUAUGGCUAUAUUAGCAUUAGCUAAUUCUUUAGAAGAUAUGAGAGAUAGAUUAGGUAAAAUGGUAAUUGGAACUUCAAGAAAUGGUGUACCUGUUACAUGUGAAGAUAUUGGAUGUGCUGGUGCAUUAACUGCAUUAUUAAAAGAUGCUAUAAAACCAAAUAUUAUGCAAACUUUAGAAGGAACUCCAGUCUUUGUCCAUGCUGGACCAUUUGCAAACAUUUCAAUUGGUGCUUCAUCAAUUUUAGCUGAUAAAAUGGCUUUAAAAUUAGCAGGUACUUCAAAAGAUUUAAGUGAUGAAGAAAGAAAAGAACAAGAAGGGUAUGUUGUUACAGAAGCAGGAUUUGAUUUUACAAUGGGUGGUGAAAGAUUUAUAAAUAUAAAAUGUAGAUCAAGUGGAUUAGUACCUGAUGUUAUUGUUAUAGUUGCAACGGUAAGAGCAUUAAAAGUUCAUGGAGGUGGACCAGAAGUUAAAGCUGGUGCUCCAUUAGCUCCAGCAUAUACUCAAGAAAAUGUUGAAUUAUUAAGAGUUGGUUGUUCAAAUUUAAGAAAACAUAUUGAAAAUGCUAAAUCUUAUGGAUUACCAGUUGUUGUUGCAAUAAAUAAAAUGUCUUCGGAUAGUGAUAAAGAACAUGAAGUAAUAAAAGAAGAAGCAUUAAAAGCUGGUGCAGUUGAUGCUAUAGUUUCAAAUCAUUGGGAAGAAGGUGGGAAAGGAGCUGUUGAUUUAGCCCAAGGAGUAAUUGAAGCUGCUAAUUCUACUGAUAAAAAUUUCAAUUUCCUUUAUGGAUUACAACCAUCAAUUGAAGAUAAGAUAUCAGCUAUAGCUAAAGAAAUGUAUGGGGCAGGAGAAGUUGAAUUUUUACCAGAAGCUCAAGCUAAAAUUGAUUUAUAUACAAAACAAGGAUUUGGUAAUUUACCAAUAUGUAUUGCUAAAACUCAAUAUUCAUUAUCUCAUGAUGCAAAUUUAAAAGGUGUACCAACUGGAUUUAAAUUCCCAAUAAGAGACGUUAGAGCCUCAAUUGGUGCUGGUUAUUUAUAUGCAUUAGCUGCUGAAAUUCAAACUAUACCUGGUUUACCAACUCAUUGUGGUUUUAUGAAUGUUGAAGUUAAUGAAGAUGGAGAAAUUGAUGGAUUAUUUUAG